GAGGCAGGCAGGUGACUGACUGUCAGAGGGAGGCAGCGGUAAUUCUGCACGAUGUGGCGUUCAGUGGAAAAUGCUGCGGUGUCCUCUCUCUCCUCCAGGCUGGAGAAAGAGCAGCCUUUCUGCCCUCAGUGUGGGACAGGUACCAGGCACGCUUAAGAGAGGGCGGAGGACAGCAUCCAGGCUGGAGUGAAUUUGCUACCCAGACUGACAAAAAAAACACAAAGUAAGCGGGGGACAGUGAUGAAAACCAGCAGAAAGUGCCGGGCGCUGCUGGCAGCCUCCUUAAACCUAGUGGCGCUGCUUUUCUCUACCACCGCCUUCAUUACCACGUACUGGUGUGAGGGCACUCAGAAAGUGCCCAAGCCGAACUGCAGCAAGGAGACCAGAUUCAACUGCAUCAACUUGAACCGCACUAGCACCAUGAACACUUCCAAACCGGACCAGGUCCACUACAGCUGGGAUACCGGCGAUGAUCGCUUUGUCUUCCGUUAUUUCCACACUGGCAUAUGGUACUCCUGUGAAGAGAACAUCAGUGGUGUCGGUGAGAAGUGUCGGAAUUUUAUUGAUCUGGCUCCGGCGUCUGAGAGAAGUGUUCUUUGGUUGUCGGUCAUCUCUGAAGUUUUAUAUAUCGUGCUUUUAGUUGUUGGUUUCAGCCUGAUGUGUCUCGAGCUCUUUCACUCAAGUAACGUGAUAGACGGCCUCAAACUGAAUGCAUUUGCUGCUGUCUUCACUGUUCUUUCAGGUCUGCUCGGAAUGGUGGCUCAUGUGAUGUACACUCAGGUGUUCCAGGUGACAGUUAGUCUUGGACCCGAGGACUGGAGACCACACUCCUGGGAUUACGGCUGGUCGUUCUGGUACGAGGUUUCACAUCUUUUCAAUAUCACGUGAAGACAUG